AUGGACAAACUAAGGUCAUUCACUAAGAAGCUGGAGCUUUGGGAAGGGAAGGUUAAAGAUGGAAAUCUGAGCAUGUUUGAUCACCUGGGUGAGGCACUUGAUAAAAACAAAAACACUGGAAAUCUGGAUGGGGUGCAGCUUGUGCAACCACAUCUAGCUUCUCUGCGGAUGGAGUUGCAGUCUUACUUCCCCGAGUUGAGUGAACUGGAAUCAAAAUUGAUUAGAAACCCAUUCAUUGUGAAUAUGCACCUUCUCCCACAUAAAAUGCAAGAAGAAUUCUUAGUGUUGGUGAAUGACUCUGUUGCAAAAGUUGCAUUUGAAACACUUACCCUGACCAAGUUCUGGUUUAAAGUGAGCUUAGAAGAAUCUUAA